UCCGUGUUUAACGGGCGUAGAGAGAGAAAGAGAACAGAGCGAGAGAGGGGGAGGACGAAGCCCUCCGCGUCGUCUCCUGCUGUUCCAUCCCACAUCUAUUCUGCCUCGGCUUGCACCUUCGACCUCGCUGAAAGUUCUGACCUCAAACUGAAAGGGGCCUGUGAAGCGUUUCCUUGCGGCAGUGCAAUGGAGGUAUUUGGCAAAUCUGUGAUUGCUGAGCCCAGCAAUGUGAUUUUCUUGUCCGCAAUCCUUAACACAGAAGGAUCAAACCCUAGUCACAAGUGUGACAAGAGGUGCCAGAACGAGAACAUUUUUGGGAACAUGUACCGUUGCAAACUGACUGGAACCACUCACAUCUGUGACAAAAACUGUAACCAGAGAAUCCUCUAUGACAACCAUAACUCGCUCUGCCGAGUGAGUGGGCAGUUUUUUCCGCUCUCUCCAUUGGAGCAGCAAGCAGUGAGGGGUAUCCGCAGGAAGCACGAAGUGGACAGCAAUGAAGGCUGCUCCUUUAAGCGCAGGCGUGGUGCACAGCUGCAUCCUUCCCCCUUCGAGAGGUCCUACUCAGCUGUGUCUCCAAUCCCGAGCCAGGUUGGAGAUGGCAUGGACCUGAGCUAGAGCUAACGAGACUUCCUUUUCUUCAGCCAACCACCUAAUUCCGUUGUCUACCCUUUUUCCCUUUGGUUACAGGAUGGAACUAUAAGAGAUUCCUUCUUUGUAGACUUUUAUGAAGGGAUAUAAGACUCCUUAGAUGCACCGAAUAAAUGUCUAUGUAGUUUCUAUUCUGUUUCAUGGGACCUUGUUGUAACUCGUGAACUUUGAUUGAGCACCUAUUCGGAUUUAGUAGCACGUUCAGAAAAUCAUUCGCUGCUUAUCUUUUUUCACACUUCCGAGUUAGUUAUUUUGUGUGUUUUUUUACUUUGUGUUCAACUAAGUUUCCUUCUAAUUUUGAUUCUUUAAUGCAAUUUAUUAUAAUUGAGGUGUACAUUUGUCCAUCAAUGUAAAUAUGUGAAAGAUUCUUUGGCACUGUAAUCCAGGCACAGGGAACUGACUGCCUUUGCUGACUGAAGUUUUUGUACAGUUGUUACUAGUGUUUUGCUUGUCAAGUUCCUAAUCAAGCUUGAAUCAUUUACGGUCUGUUCUCAUAUAGCUCAACUCUAUCUGUUUCUUAACUCUUUUUUACAGGUUAUGUUUCUAACGCUUAAUGUUUUCCUCAUGUUCUUUUUUGUCUUGUUUCCCCCCUAACAUUUGUUGUGUAUGCAGGACCAUCCAGGUUCAAAUCGUUCUUGGGAAAUGUUUUGUUCUUCUUUAUAUAACUAUAUUGCUAACUUAUUUUCAUUUGUUAAUUAUUUUGCUUUAUUUUGAUUUGCAGGUGAACAUCUCUGGUUCUAUUUUCAUCGUCGGGUAACAAGAAACUAAUCAGGGAGUCUCUUCCCAUUUCUUGCAGUGGAGGAAUGUUUAGCUACAGCCGCGCAGCAUGCUUUCCAGAGCAUAAAUUGGUGGAAGAGAAGUUUGAUGCUACCACUUUGCCAGAAGAACCGAGCCAGACACAAUAACAUCAAACUGAGUCUGAGAUACUGCACUUUACAAAUUCUUUCGAUAUUGGCAGAUUGAAGACCAACAAGAUUUGAAGAGCAGCAAGAUCAGCUUGCACCUGCAGUUUGAAGAAAUCCUUUCAAAGAAGACUGCUUGCGGCAAUCUUGCCUUCACUCCACAAGCAUGUGCUGUGUUAUGCGUACCAUGUAAUGAUUGUAGUACUUGACAACUGAUACCAAAGUAGUGGAUGCUUUUCUUUCGCAUG